CGGAUUACGCAAUUGCCGAUCAGCUUCUAAGGCUUCAUCGUUUUGGUGAUCGUGCCGUUCGCCCACCGUUUUCGACGGAUGACUUCCAGCUGUAUCUUCGUUACACGCGCUCUCUCACACCACGUUUGAAGGAAGAGUCUGUACAGCUCAUCGUUGCGGCAUAUAGAGACAUGCGUCUGCAGGAUUCUUUGUCAAACCGCAGCAAAGUGUACCGCGUCACAACACGUCUUUUGGAGAGUAUCAUUCGUCUUUCCGAGGCAGUGGCGAAGCUCUACAUGAGUGAGGAUGUGAAGCCAGCCCAUGUGGAGGUGGCGUUGGAACUCAUGCGCCAAUCCCUUUCGACACUUGACAUGACUGAAGUGGAGCUUGUCGGCAUUUCAGACCCUUUUGAAGUUGCAUCCGAGGGCGUUAAAGCGGAGCCACUGGAUCAACAGCAACGACAGCAGGAGCAGCAACAACAGCAAGACGUGCCACAGGCAACAGCGGGUGAGCAGUCAAUGACGGCCAGGCGGAAAAGGGGAAAGGCGGCGGCCGUUGUAUCCGCACCAGCACCUGCCCCUCGGAAGACGGUUAUCAGUGCUGAUCAUUACUUUGGUAUUGUUAACCGCAUCGUUGCAAGACUGCAAUCACUAGGGGAAUCCAAUCCACCAUCCCGUGCGGAACUGGUGACGUGGUACAUGGAGCAGGUGCGCUCCCUUAAUAAAUCACAGCUGGAAGUGGAGUUGCGUUACGUGAACCUCGUCAUUCAAAAGAUGCUGAAGGAUGGAAAUUUGCUGGAGGUGGAGGUGCACGAGGGGGAAGGAGAGAAGAUGUUCAUUGACCCCAACUACAACCCCGACGUCACAAAACAAUAA